GUGCAGAUACACAGCAGAGGCAGCGUCAGUGCAGAGGAACCAGUCCAGAUGCGGUGUUGCAGCGUCGCCUUCGUCCUCGUGGUCGUGCAGUCGUGGGUUCCGGCGCUGCGGUCGGACCUGAUCCUGUACGUCUCACAUCUGGAGGACGGACGAGAACAACCCACCAAGCCAUGGCUCAACCCGUCACUGGAAGACGUCGUCCCGUCUCGGGACGUCGCGAACCCCCCCGUGAUGAAAGAGAUCCUCGACGCUGACUCGCCCUCUCACUCAGUCCCCAUGUUCGGCGAAUACGUCAACCUCAAAUGGGUCACGUGGAACGGCUCCCUCCCCAACGGCGCCGUGGCCAUUUUCAACGGCUACACCGAACGCACCGACUACGUUUGUAAGGUCAACUGCGAGGCCGGCUUCUACACCCCCAGCAAAGGCAGCGUCUGCCAGUACCCCUACGCCGACAAGGAGUACGCAUCCUCCAAAUUCCAAAUCCUGGUCAACGUGGACCACUUUGAGUUCCUGGAGUGGGUGGAGGAUUCGUACGGUUCCGUCCCCGAGUACGCCGUCAGAACCUGCGCCGACGUCGCCAUCUACGUGGGCAAAAACAAGUACGGCCUCGGCAAAGUGGUGACCCAGCACGAGGCCUUCUUCCUGCCCUGGGAGGGGGACGAGUACUGGUACAAGAGCUACCAGGUCCUGGCCAUCAACAGGGGGAGCUACAGCCAGCACAUCUCCCACGUGGAGUACGGCAUCGACCAGAUGGAGCUGUUCCACCACCCGCCGGAGACACUGCAGCUGUCCAAGGUCACCAACCUGGAGUGCAACAGUGUGGAGAAGACGGUGCGGCUGGAGAAGACCAGCACCGUGGAGAAGAGCUGGGACAUCGGCCGAGAAACCCGCAACGGCUCCGUGUCCACCAUGAACGCCAAAGUGCCCAUCCUGGGCCCCGGGACCGUGGACUUCACCAAAGAGCAGAAGGUCACCUUCUCGGAGGGGACGACGCUGGUGGAAUCCAUCAGCCACACCGUCUCCGUGGAGAUCCUGGUCCCGCCCAACCACUCCUGCAGCGUGAGGAUGGACGGCCGCAAGAUGACGGCCGACAUCCCCUUCACCGGCCGGCUGAGCAGGACCAACCACAACGGAGACACCCACUGGACGUCCAUCACCGGCACCUACGACGGCCUGACGGUGGGGGAGAUCAACGCCGUGGUGGAGAGGUGUCAGCCCGUCGCCGACGCCGUUCCCUGCCCCGCCGACGAACAAUGA